AUGGUUAGCAGCAGCGUCACCUCCAUUCAAGAGAGGAUCUGGCAAGGCAGACUGCCGCUGGAAAUUGUCCUAGAUCCAUCAGAAUGCCGGACAUAUGAUCAAUCAGAUCCUUAUUUAAUAUCAUACCCCCGCGUCUCGUAUCUCCCGUUUCUACUCCCCCGACUCCAUGCAUUCUUCCGCUCGUCACUCAUCAACCCUGAAAGCGAAUCGCAUUCCGGUUGGUUCUCAUUCGAAAGUGUCCCUUUAAAAUGGCACUAUCCUCUAGGGCUGUUGUACGACAUCUAUUCCGGCGCAGAGCCUAUUUCACGAUCAAAUUCGACAGAUCAGAAUUUGACCCAGUCGGUCAUUCUCGGAGGCGUAAAGCCUAAUCAGUCAUCGGACGAAGAUGAUAAUUCAAGUUCUAGAUCAGGGCCCCUACCGUGGCGACUCACAUUACAUUUCGAUAAUUGGCCAGACGAAGAUCUUGUGCGACUCGAUGCUGAGGGGCUUGUUAUGCAUGAUGCCUUCAUUAACAACGUGAAAGAGGCAGAUGCACUGCGAAUACGAGACGCAAAAGGCAUCAUGACGUUAUCCAAGGAGGAUACAGCUGGAUUCUGGACGGCCGUUCAAAACCACGAUCUAACUUCUUACCGACGUAUCGCCAAUUUACUUCUCCCAUCGCCAUCCCAACCUUUUCGAACUGUACCCGUUCGUGUAUUUCUUCCCCUGCCACCAGAUUCAGACAGGCCAUCUCUCAAGAUUGUUCAAUCGCCGCUUCAGCCCUCAACACCCGCCUCGGCGACGGGUACGGUCUCAUCUGGUCGGAUGCAGCAGCAGACAGUCGGAUCAGCUCUUCACACCCUUCUACCAAACCUAUUCCCGAGCCGAAGAAUACCGGUACUGGCGAAACCGGUCUUGCAUGGAGUCGUGUUGCCAAUGACUGCGCCACUGGAGGAAGUUGCACGCACUGCGGCGUAUGUGGACGGGUGGGUAGCAAUUGUUAUAUGUAUGGUUGGCUAG